UGAACCACAUCUAAACUGUAUAUACUCUAACCUAAAAAAAGAGACAUAACUAUACUAAUGUCGAUAAUUCUUAAAAAAAACCUGCAUAAAAGUACAUUAGUGAUAUAAUUCACUUAGUAAAAGAGAAAAACUAGCAUAAAGGGCUUUUGUAUAAUCCAAAAUUCGAUAUGUUUAUCUUAACAGAAAUGAAAAACGUCAUCAGGAUACCCCCCGAAUAUUUCCACAUUAAAUUAAACUAUGCAAUUGCAGACGAGCUAAACAAGAAAUUAGCAAAUAAGGUAAUGUUAAAUGUAGGACUUUGUAUAGCUCUGUUUGAUAUAACUAAUAUUAAAGAGUCAUAUAUAUUACCUGGAGAUGAAGCUUCCCACACCGGUGUCACAUUUAGAUAUAUUGUGUUCAGGCCCUUUAUCGAGGAAAUUUUGUUGGGUAAAAUAAGAAGUUGCAGCCAAGAAGGAGUUCACAUAUCAUUAGGAUUCUUUGAUGACAUUUUAAUACCACCUACCGCGCUUCAACACCCUUCAAGAUUUGAUGAAACAGAACAAGCUUGGGUAUGGCAGUAUGACAUGGGAGAUGGGAAUAAGCACGACCUGUUUAUGGACGCUGGUGAAUCGAUUCGAUUCAAAGUGACUGCUGAAGUAUUUCAAGAAACAUGUCCUAGUGGUCCUGCAUUAUCUGAAACACGAGACUCGAUAGAAGCCAAAGUUCCCUAUCUUAUCAAAGGAAGUAUAAAUGAACCUGGUCUUGGAUUAUUAUCCUGGUGGAAUAAUUAACCCAUAAUGUGUGAAUUUUAUGGCACAAACAGACUAUAAAUUGUAAAUAAUAUGAUGUAUUGGUAAGAAUAAUUAAGUUCUAUAAAAAAAUGUAAAUAGUUUUA